CGACCGACACAUCACUAAUCACUCUGAGAAAACAUGGCGGAGGUCAGGCACUUUGCGGGAAGGGGAGCGUGUGAAUUUGGACUUAAAAUGUCUAAACUCUACCCUCUGCAGAACCGAAUCCGACUCGGAACAAAGGCGCUACACCCUGGCUUUCUGUCGGCUGGGUUUCCGUUGGAUGACAAUAAAAACCGUGAGCGGAACGGAGCUGGAAGAGCAGCGGAGCGGGCAGCUGCUGCUCGCUGUCGGGACGGUUAUACAAAGGUGAGCCCGCUGCCGGGUGGAGCAGAAACCGGUCCGGAGAAGCGAGACACGCCUAAAAAACGCUGUUUUCUGGGACAUAAGAAUGAUUUAUGUUCAACUGGGACUCUGGUAGAAUUCACUAAGCGGAUUGUUCCUUCGUAUCGGAGAUGUAAGAAGUUGUGGAGGACUUUGUCCCUCUUUCCCCCGAGCCGGAGUCUGCAUCUGGAUCCUGGAUCUCCUCCAUUUGUUUUCAUCAGGAGCUACAGCGGAAACGGGUCCAGAUCUGAUCCGCUGUACAAAACCAAAACCGGCUACUACGAUGUCCUAGAAGUCCCACCCACCGCCACCAAAGCCCAGAUCAAAACCGCCUACUACAAGCAGUCCUUCGCCUACCAUCCGGACCGGAACCCGGGCAGCGCGGAGGCCACCGACCGCUUCUCAGAGAUCAGCGAGGCCUACACGGUGCUGGGCAACAAGGUGCUCCGGAAGAAGUACGAUCUGGGGCUCCUGAGCCUGUCGGACCUCCGCGGCAGAGCCAAACCCUCCACCGGGGUCUUCACGGGGGGCUCAGCCGAGCAGCAGCCCGGGAGCAGGCGGUCUGUGACGGGCGCAGAGUUGAGAGACAGGCGGUAUGACUUCGAUGAGUUCUACAAGGCCCACUACGGAGAGCAGCUGCAGAGGCAGAGAGACAUCCGGCUCCGGAGGGAGGAGAGGCUGAAGAGGGAGGACAGCUACCAAGACACGAAAUUUGCCAACAUGAUGGAGUUCGGAAUUGGGCUGAUGCUGCUGUUGGCCGUGGGGAUUGUAUUUAGCUUAGGGAAGUGAGGAAAGUUUGGUGGAUGGAUAAGCUUGAAUAGGCUGCUGCUCGUUUUAUGCUUUAAAGCUGCAAUAUGUAACUUUUAAAUAAUUAUUUAAUCAUAUUUGUCAAAACUCUCACUAUGUUGUGACAGUGCAUUAUGAGACAAAUAAUCUGUGAAAAGAUCGAUCUCCUGAUAUUGCCAUCUACUAAAAUGUACCACUCCCACAAAAUCAGAGCCAGGAGGAGGGUCUUAGUGCUGCUCAUUAAGCUCAUGUACUCACUGCUCAAUGUGCCAAUGGAGGAGAAACAACUUACUGUCCGCCGUCAUCAGUAGCCAUGCUUACCAGCCUUAGCAUUCACUGCAGGCUCUGCUAUUAGGAAAAACGGGACCAUAGUAGAGAGAAAGGGGAGAGGAAAUGAGCAGCACCACAUGGAGGUGAUUGACAGCAGUAAGACCCUCCUUCUUCCUCUGCUUUCUAGAAACAACCACAGAUUAUCUGCUUCAUUCCAUUCUGUAAUGACAGACAGUUUCAACAAAUGUGUAAAAAAAAAAGAAAGUUACAAACUGCAGACAAAAUGACAGACACUGAACAUCCAGACACACUUAGUCUUACACAACCCAUACUUUGAUCAUUUUGGUUUGAUUAGAGUUCAUAAUGUAUCUGUUUCAUAUUUUACAAAUUUUUUCACUUGCUAGUUUGGAAUGUCUGAUAUAUAAUUUAUAUAUAUCACCAGAAAAUGCAGUAAUCUCAUGUAUAUUUAUUUCAGAAAACUUCUGCAUUUCCUCCUAUUUCUGUUUAAUUUGGUUCAUUUGAACUAUAUAAAACGUGGCAGAAUGUGAAACCUGAUCAAACCAAAACUAUUUUAGACACAUAACCAGAUUUCCUUGCAUUAGGCUUGAUAAAUGAUUAUAAAUCGUCAGGGUAAAAGUGGGUACAGAAAGUUUUGUGGAGGAAGGAUUCAAGACAAUUUUGUACCCAAGUGUGUCUUUCACAAAUACAAAACAACAAAGAUAUUAGUUGAUGGAAUUUUAAGACAAUGGUACUGUAAGAACAUAUUAAUUUAUUUCCACAUUUCUUUAGUGCAUAAAACGUUUAGCAUUAUAAGAUGAUCCGUUACUUUUUUGCACAUUGGUGGACAAAUGUUGGAUUCAGGAACAUCAUGUUUUUCACCUAAUGGAUGUUUAAAUCUAUUUACUCUGGGAAGUUUGGUGGCUGGGAUUCCUGAUUUCUCUCUCUGCACAUGAAGUUUAUAAUUUGACUCACAGCCUCUGGAUAUUUUAUUUAAACUGUUUUUGACUUUCAUAAAGUCAUGUAUCCUUUAAUCUUGUAAAUUUUAUUAAGUAUUUAUGAAACGGAUAAAGCAUUGUAAGCACUUUUAAACAACUCCAGUGAUCUAAGAUCAGGUUGUCAUUCUAGGGGAAGUGCCUUUUAUGUUUACUUAAAUGUUGAACGUUAUAUUGUUCCAAAGAUUAAAAAAUAACCCACAAACAGCU